UGGGAUCAUAUCCCGGCCAGAAAUCUAAUUAAGAGCGCCGGAAUCUAAGAAUAAGCACCCUCAACGGAGGUCUUGUUGCGUGGCCAUGUCAAGUCCCCCUGAAGCUGAACCUCUGCUUCCAAGACAAGAUUAUUAUGAUCUAGAGAAUGGGGACGGGGAAGCUGAGAGCAGAGUCAAACAGUGGCAGGAAUGGACUGCAGAGACCUUGGAAUCGCCUCGUACACAUACGUUAAUUAUCUCACUGAUUGCUGUAGAUGCUGCGUGUGUUUUAGCUGACCUGGCCUAUUCUCUCUUAUCACCUACAUGCACACCCGUAGAGGGUGAAGACGCACCUAUCUGGCUCAACGUGACAGCGCUCAUAUCCCUCGUCAUAACUUGUCUAUUCGUUCUUGAAAUUCCACUCACAAUAUGGUCACUCGGUUGGAAGAAUUAUUGGCCAUUCGGACCUGCACCUCACGCCAGCCUGCAUUUCUUCGAUGGCGUCAUCAUCAUUACCACAUUCGUCCUGGAGGUAGUGCUGAGGGGAAAGGAAAGGGAGCUUGCCGCUUUGCUUAUUAUCCUGCGUCUCUGGCGGCUGGUCAAGCUGGUUGGGGGUGUCGCAGUGGGAGCUGGCGAAAUUCAAGAGGAUAACGCGAGAGACCUUGCAGAAACCAAACUUGCACUGCAAGAGGCGAACACGCGCUUACAAGCUGUCGUUGAAGAGAAUCAGCAACUUCGCGCCCGGCUACGUGCGUACGAGUAGAACACGUUGUCCGACAAAGAUCGGUCUAGACAGGGCCGGUCAAGAGAGUCGGGAAUGAUACCUUCACGUUGUGCUACAGACUUAGAAGUUAGUGUUGGCAUUGAUAGGAACAAAUGGAUACCCGGAUGUUUUGAGCGAAGGAGAAAUGCUGUACAAACGAGGGAUAGGAAUAUUAAUAUUUGGAACCCCGCGCUAACCAGCGGGUCAUUCCAAACGCUGCCAGGAGUGCGCGCUUCAAAUUUCGGAAUGCCACUGCUUGAACUUUCAGGUGUCCUUGGUGUGCAAGCAUCUUUGUAUUUCCUUUGUUUAAUAUUUGGUUUCGCG